GAACAACAGAAGAAGGCGUAAUUUGGUUUAUGAUCAACGAACGCAGCAUCCAAAUUUUACACUGUCCUUCAUUUUUUCUUGAUGAGCAAGCAGAGAAAACAAGACUUGCUUGUCUACUGAGAGUGAUAAUGAUAGUGAUACUAUCUUUUUUCUUUUCAAAAAAGUGAGUCGGUAACUAGUGUGAAGCAUUGGAUGCAAUGGUGGAACCAACAGGUAAUGAAAUUGAAAAUGAAACCACUGUUGAAGAAAGGGAAGAACUUAUGGUUUCACCUUUUGCCAAUGGAAAACCCUGUUUAAGAACAGCCCAUUUUCUUAAACCAACAUUAUCUUCCAUUCAUGAACCAAUCCCAGACCUUUUUCCACUUUCCCCUUCUUCUCUACACGACAGUUUCUGCCCUGAACAGUGGCCUUUAAAGGUCAGCUUCACUGGUUGGAGCAACCCCAAAAAGGCUUGGGUUUUUUGGAUUGAUAUCCUGCGUCCCGUGUACCAACCUAUCUGGGAGAAGGCUGGUAUCUUUGAAGCAAUAAUGAGCUCAACUUACUCGACCAAAAGAUAUUAUAAUUUGGUUAUCGGUUUAGCAGAGAAAUGGAACCCUGGAACCAACACUUUCAUCUUCCCUUGGGGUGAAGCAACAAUCUCUUUAGAAAAUGUGUUGAUUUUGGGAGGCUACUCUGUUGUAGGCUUCCCUGUUACAUUCUCUGGUGAUAGCCAAGAACUCAGGGAAGCUCAAGAUAAACUGGUUACAGAACACAAGAACAUCAGAGGGGAUACAUGGAGAAAGAUCUUUCUAACAGAGUGGAUGGAUUAUUUUAUAGGAAGCGGGAGAGAUAUUGAGCAUGGAGCAUUUCUUUCAUGGUGGUUCACAAGGUUUGUUUUCCAAGAUUCUGUUGGAUUCAUUUGUAAAAGCGUGUUUCCAAUUGCAUGUCUUUUAGCUAGGGGCCAAGUUGUGGCUAGCAUUUACAGGGACUUGACUUUAUUGAAAGAAACCAUUGCUGAUUCAACUAAAUAUAAGAGUGCUGAAUUUGAUGAUUGUGUGUCGAAAGUUACACUUUGUUCACCAAUGAAGUUGGUUCAACUUUGGGCAUGGGAAAGGUUCCCAGCAUUGCAGCCAAAGCCUAAUGUGAUCCAAGAGUUUGACCCCAGAUCAGCUAGAUGGAACAGUGUGAAAUUUGUGAAAGUUGAAAAUGUGAGGAUGGUUUUGGAUUCAGCAGGCGACACUUUUGGUUGGAGGCCUUAUGCUAAAGUUGUUAAUAACAGGCAGUGUCUUGAAUUUUACGAGAAAGAAGAGUGGGUAUCAAUUGAUAGAAAUUUGAUUAAAGAAUUAGUAUCUUUUGCUCUAUGUUUGAGGCCUUCGGAGUUGGUUGGAUUAGGACCAGGAUGCAUACAACAGUACCUGCCGCAUCGAGUAGCAAUGCAGUUUGGAAUUGAUCAAGAUGUACCAUCUCAUGUUGCUCGGUCCAAUAAGUCUCCGGAAAUCGCUUGGAACAAUUACCUGAGGCCAAUUAAUGGUGGAAAAUUGUAUAUCCCAUCUCGUUUCUUCGGGUCUGACGUGACUGUCCGAUACUUGGAAUGGUGGAAGAUGGUGUCAAUGCUGGUUCAGCAAGAUGUGAUAAAGGGUAUAGUGCAGAGAAAAAGAAGUUCAAGGAAGAGGCCGAGACAAAUUCCAUGGGUGAAAGCUAAAAAGGGAGAGAAUGAGGUCAGAAUUCCUCCCGGUUUCCUUCCCAAAUUAAUCACUGUGAAACCUGAGCUUUUUAUUGAACUUGAACCUGAAGCUUUUGAAGUGUCUAAACAGAAAGGCAAUGUCACUACUAGACCAGUUGGUCAUGAUAAUUGCUUUCUUGUUAAGGCUCAAGGUCACUCAUCUUCAACGGCAGAUACUGGAGGAUCUGUAAAGAUGGAGUUUUCCAUGACGCCAGGUCAAAAGGCUAUAGAUAUCAAAGAUCAAAGUGAAGAAACAGCAAGAGUGAGGAGAGAAGCAAUUGAGAGCGAAUUCGAGUGUUCGAUGUAUAGUAAAGAUAACAUCAGCAAGAAUGGUGAAAGCAGUAGUACUUUUGAAGUCAACAUGAUAGCUUCCACACUUGAAGUUCGGGUUGCCAGGCUUGAAAGAAUAGUUUCUAAUCUAAAUGCAGCAUAGAAGCUUGGAAGAAAUCCAAGCAAAGAAGACAGCUAAAGAAAACCGGGCCAUAGUCAAUCUAUACAUUUGAUUCAGUAUAAGUUUUGCAUAUGAGAUUGGAUAUAUACACACGAGCCCACAACUAUGUAUUUAACUUUAACCCCGUUAAUUUUGCAUAGAUGAUAUAAUGCUAUCUCAGCUUCUAUCAUUAUUUACAUUGUUUAAAACUUUAUUAUCUCCCUUCAUUCAGUUCCAUAUAAAUAAAGCAUGGUAGUGGUGUUACUAAAAUGAAAUACAAUGUUGGAUAGUUGUAUUAGCAAGUCUCAUUUGUGCACUGCUUCAUGUUGCAGUGAGGUCUCUGAAUUUCCUACAGAGCUUGAUCUUUGGUUGUAUGAAACAUAAGAAAGACUGAAAUUAAUAGCUGUUAAAGCUUUUCUGCGA